AUUAGCACUUGUUUGUUUGGGUUCUCCAUGGAUUCCACCGACAAUAACUUCAAACUUACAAUGCUCCUAUUCUGUCUCAUCAUAGUCACCUCUUUUCAUCUCACAGCUGGGCAGGUGGGCACUUUCUACGGGAGGCUGGGUAACAACCUGCCCAGCUCAGCCGCGACGGUGCGCCUAUACCAGCUGAACAACAUCCGCAGGAUGCGCCUCUUCGACCCGCACGGCCCCCUCAACGGCACCAACAUCCGCCUCAUUAUGGGCGUGUCUCACCCCGACCUCCGUGACCUCGCCAACUGUCCCCAGGCCGCCACCGCCUGGGUCCGCCGCAACAUCCUCCGCUUCCCCAACGUCACCUUCCGCCAGAUCAUCGUCGGGAACGAGAUCGAGCCCGCCUCGGAGCUGGGGCCCUUCGUGUUCCCGGCGAUGCAGAACGUGUACCGCGCCGUCCGCGCAGCGGGGCUGAGAGGGCAGAUCAAGGUCUCCACGUCCAUCAAUAUUGUAGUGAAGCAAACCAUAUCCCACAUCGGAGAAUGAACAAGAGUUGCAAGCAUAUAAAUGGACUACCCCAACUCCAUUAGUAUGAGGCCUUUUGGGGAAUACCCCAAGAGCAAAACCGUGAGGGCUU